AUGAAGACCAGAUCGACGUUGUUCAUUCACGCUACCAUCAUCACCGUCGACCCUCAAAAUACCAUAUGGCUGGAUGGUGCGGUGUGGGUUAACGCUGAGCGGAUCGUGGCUAUCGACAAAAGUGCAGAGUUACUGAGUCGAGUCCCUCCCGAGGUCAAGAUCGUCGACGUCUCGGGGCGCAUUGUCCUACCUGGUUUGAUCAAUACCCAUGCUCACCUGACUCAGUCCCUGCUGCGAGGGCUGGCCGAGAACGUGUCGUUGCAUUCCUGGCUGUGCGAUGCCAUCUGGCCUCUUGAGGCCAACUAUGAAGGGGAGGAUGGCUACGUGGCCGCCAGAUUGACCAUCGCUGAAAUGUUGAAGAGUGGCACGACCUGUUUUUUGGAAGCCAUGUUGACCCACCGGAGUGGGUUCGACAAUGUGGUUCGUGCCGUGGAGGAGAUGGGUAUAAGGGGUUGUUUGGCCAAACUCGUCAAGGUGGGAACACCUGGCAUGCUGGUAGAUGCACGCGACAAAGACCUCUCUGGCAUGUCCAUCGAAAGCGCCUUGGUCGCACACGACAGAUACGACGGGUCCUAUGGCGGACGGAUCCGCGUCUGGAUGGCUGCCAGCACCCCCAGAGGCUCAGAUGAAAGCUCCCACAAGGCCAUUGGGGACGCCUGUGCGCGACACGACAUUUCGCUGACCAUGCACUGUGCAGAAGCACCAGCAGAUCUUGGGAUUUAUCGCGACAGCUACCACUGUUCCCCGGUCGAGUUCUGCGAACGCACCAACAUGAUCGGCGGCGAGGGCGAGAGCCGGAAGACCGUACUGGCGCACAUGGUGAAUUUGGAUCUGGAAAGGGACUUGCCAAUUUUGCGGCGACAUCAACAACACGGCCAAUCCUCGCGAGACGAUGGCCAUAUGUGCCGUCCCUCGGUGUCGGUCGCUCACAACCCCAGCAGCAACUGCAAGCUUGCAUCGGGCAUUGCCCCCGUGCCAGAGUUGCUUGCUGCCGGGAUUAACGUCAGCCUGGGCACCGACGGGGCACCCUGUGCCAACACAUACGACAUGAUCCAGGAGAUGAGAACGGCGGCCCUGAUCCAGCGAGGCAGCCGGAAUGAUGCCUCGCUCAUGGAUGCGGAGCAAGUGAUCCGGAUGGCCACCAUCGACGGAGCCAGAGCGUUGGGUUUGGAAAAGGAAGUGGGAAGUCUGGAGGUGGGCAAAAAGGCAGACCUUGUCGUGCUCGACCCAUCGGGCCUACAGUGUUGUCCCUUUGACCGGGACCAGAUCCUGGGUGGCGGGGUUGAUCCUUUGACCACCGUCGUCUACUCUUGCACGGGAGCCAAUGUUCAGACCGUAGUGGUUGAUGGGCAGGUCCUGGUGGACGACGGCCGACUCGCCGUGGCAGAUGAAAGUCAGAUCAAGGAAGCCGCACGGAAAGCGGUCAGACAGAUCCAGGAGAAGUCGAGCAUAGCCAGGUUGACGCCAGAAAGGAAAUAUCGAUGA